AUGGAUGAUAUCGAGGAUCGGCUCCGCAGCCAUGCACAGGCAUUUGACGGUUUACUGUCCUUGAUCCCCGCCAAAUAUUACUACGGUGAAGAGAACACAAGUGAUCAAUGGCAACGCAAGAAGCAGACGAAAGAACAAGCUCGUGAAGCGAAGCGAGCAAAGCUUGACCCUGAAGCCGCCAAGACCGCCAAAGACGUGAUGGACGAAAACGCACGCAAGCGCAAGCGCGAGGAUGGGACCAUCCAGUCCGACUCCUCUGAUGGAGAGAUGGGCACCGAGAACCCCAAGGAGGGACUGAACCGCGGAAACGCCAAGCCCAAGAAGCAGAAGUCGGUCGAGAAUGGCGAGAAAGAUGCCAUCAAGGCUGCCGAGGCCGAGGCCCGGAAAAAGCAAAACGCUGAGAAGAAGGCCGCAAAGAAGGCCGAACAAAAGGAGAAGAAGAAGGCCAAGGAUACUGCCCGGAAGGAGAAGCUUCAGCAGAGCAAGAAGCAGGCGACUACUACAACUGAUGAUUCGGAAAAAUCUGCACCAAAGCCUAAUGCAUCAAAGCCUAACGGUGAUGCCUCCAAGAAAGCCGAGGCAUCUGACGACGAAGAGGACGAUGACAACGAAGAGGAAGAUGGCGUUGUUGAGGAAGGAUUCUCUCUCGAAUUUAAUGACCAGCCCGAAAACUCCUCAGCCUCGUCCACCCCUCACUCUCCCAAUGCCUCAAAUCCCCAAUCCGGCAGCUCCUCUAUCUCCUCCAUUGUCCCUCCCUCCGCCUCCACCGAAGCCAAAUCCUCAGAGCCCAAACCCCUCAAGCACACACCCGAAGAGCUGAAGCAGCGCCUACAGAAGCGUCUCGACGAGCUCCGGGCCAAGCGCCACGCAGAUGGACUCAACGGCAAGCCUGCCCGUAACCGUCAAGAGCUCAUCGAAGCCCGUCGCCAAAAAGCCGAGCAAAGAAAAGCCCACAAGAAGGAAUUGCGCCAAAAGGCCAAAGAUGAGGAACAGCUCAAGUCCGACGAAGCCAUGGCCCGUCGCUUCUCCCCUGGUGGCUCCGGCUCCCUCUUGGCCUCUCCCCGCUCCCCAGCCGAGUCUGUCGGCUCCUCCAGCAACAACUUCUCAUUCGGUCGCAUGAUCUUCACAGAUGGCCAGGCCACAGACGCCACCGGCACCGAUGUGCGCGACAAGCCCAAGACCCACGGUGCCCGUGAUCCCGCUGCCCAACUGAAGGCCGCCGAGGCCAAGAGCGCCCGUCUCGCCGAAAUGGACCCUACCAAGCGUGCCGACGUCGAAGAAAAGGACCGCUGGUUGAACGCCAAGAAGCGUGCCCACGGCGAGCGUGUCCGCGACGACACCUCCCUCCUCAAGAAGGCCCUCAAGCGCAAGGAGACCGCAAAGAAGAAGUCCGAGCGUGAGUGGAGGGACCGCCUUGACACCGUCGCCCGCUCCAAGGAGCAACGCCAGACCAAGCGCGAUGACAACCUCCGCAAGCGCCGCGACGAGAAGGGCAACAAGGGCAACAAGAAGAAGCCCAGCAGCGGCGGCAAGAAGAAGGCCGCCCGUCCUGGCUUUGAAGGCGGCAGCUUCAAGGCCAAGUCCGGCGGCGGCAAGAAGAAAUGA